AAGCGUUGGUGUGCACGCCCCCUAAGCGCGGAAAAACCGCCGAGCGCCGAAAUUUAAAAAACGCCGAGUUUCCGUUGGAAUCAAUUGAAAACAUGCGCCGGCCGCGGGCGUAAAAGCUUUGGUGGGACAGUUCCAUAUCACUUUGCAUAGUUAACUUAACUGUAACUAAUAACGGACUAACAAAACAUCAUGACAAACGAUUUUCCUGAGGCAAUAACAGCGCUGUUUGGAGACGCACAGAGAAUGCUAUCAUCGGCUCAAGCCUCCAUUGCCAGCAUUAAAAUGGCGCUUUGGGACAAGCAAAAGAGCCGUUGGAUGAGACCAGGCUGUUCUGUGCAGAGCUGUUGAAUUCAGGCCGUCUGCCCUGGAUCUGCUGGAGUCGGGGUACAUCCACAGAGGUGAGCCAGGACAGGGACUGAAGAUCACCAGGAGAUCGUCCUUCAGCUGCGACAGAAAGGAAAGGUUAAGCUGGGUCAGCUGGACUUGGAGGGAGCCCUGAUUGCCAGAGACCGAGUUGGCAUCCAGGAUUUUGUGCUUCUUGAUGCCCACAACAGUGAGACAGCCUUCCUAGACAAUCUGAAGAAACGUUUCUCAGAGGAUUUGAUAUAUACUUACAUAGGUACUUUGCUGAUAUCCGUGAACCCAUACAAAGAGCUGGACAUUUACAACAAGAAACAGAUGGACCUCUACAUGGGGGUGAACUUCUUUGAGCUUCCACCUCAUAUCUAUGCAUUAGCAGAUAAUGCCUACCACACCAUGCUAACAGAAGCAAACAACCACUUCAUUCUGAUAUCCGGGGAGAGCGGAGCAGGCAAAACAGAGGCGUCCAAAAAAAUCUUACAGUACUAUGCGGUCAGCUGUCCCAGCACUGCAUUACUGGACACAGUGAGAGACCGCAUGCUCAUGUCCAACCCUGUACUAGAGGCUUUUGGAAAUGCAAAGACAAUGAAAAAUGACAACUCUAGUCGUUUUGGGAAGUACAUGGACAUCCAGUUUGACAGCCAGGGAGAUGCUGUUGGUGGCCAUAUCCUCAGCUAUCUGCUGGAAAAGUCCAGAGUCGUCCACCAAAAUCAUGGAGAGAGGAAUUUUCAUAUCUUUUACCAGCUGGUGGAAGGAGGAGAGGAAGACCUACUGAGACACCUGGGCUUGGAAAGAGACACCAAGCGGUAUUCCUAUCUGGUACAGGGGCAAUGUUCCAAUGUGAGCUCCAUCAAUGAUAAGAAUGACUGGAAAACUGUUAAAAAUGCUCUGUCUGUCAUUGACUUUGAUGCAAAUGACACUGAGCACCUCUUUGGGAUCAUAGCCAGUGUGCUUCAUCUGGGAAAUGUGCACUUUGAUGGAGACACCAAAGGUUAUGCAGUUCUGAACUCAAAUGCAGGACUACGCUGGGUAUCUAAGCUGUUAGGGGUCCAUGUGCAGGUGCUUCAGGAAGCCCUUACAUACAGGAAGAUUGAAGCCAAAUCAGAGGAGGUCCUGAGCCCAUUCACUGUAGAUCAUGCUGUCUAUGCCAGAGAUGCUCUGGCCAAAGCCAUAUAUGGGCGUACAUUUACCUGGCUGGUCAAUAGGAUCAAUGAGUCUUUGGAAAAUAAGGACUCUAGCAGAAAAACAGUAAUUGGAUUGUUGGACAUUUAUGGAUUUGAGGUAUUCUUUGUCAACAGUUUUGAGCAAUUCUGCAUAAAUUACUGCAAUGAGAAGCUACAGCAACUUUUCAUUGAGUUGACACUGAAAGCUGAACAGGAAGAAUAUGAAGGAGAAGGAAUUGGGUGGGAGCCGGUGCAGUUUUUCAACAACAAAAUCAUCUGUGACCUGGUAGAGGAGAAGCACAGAGGAAUCAUCUCUGUGCUGGAUGAGGAGUGCCUGAGGCCAGGAGAUGCCUCAGAUCUUACAUUUCUUGAGAAACUUGAGGAGAAAAUGGGCAAUCAUCCACACUUUGUAACGCAUAAAUUGGCUGAUAAGAAGACUCGUAAGACUCUUGAGAGAGGCGACUUUCGUCUGCUUCAUUAUGCAGGAGAGGUGACCUAUUGCGUUGUUGGAUUCAUUGACAAAAACAACGACCUUUUGUAUAAGAACAUCAAAGAUGUGAUGCGGCUCUCUAAAAACCCCAUAAUUCAGGAGUGCUUUCCAGCCAAUGAAGGAGACAGCAAGAGAAGACCUGAGACAGUGGCCACUCAGUUUAAGAACAGCCUGCUGAGACUGACAGAGAUUCUGAUGGCUAAGGAGCCCUGGUAUGUGCGAUGCCUUAAAUCCAAUGACAAUAAGCAGCCAGGCAAGUUUGAUGAAGUUUUGGUGAGGCACCAAGUGAAAUAUCUGGGGUUGAUGGAGCACCUGAGGGUCAGACGAGCAGGCUUUGCAUAUCGGCGUAGAUAUGAAGUCUUUCUAAAAAGGUAUAAAGCACUUUGUCCUGCCACAUGGCCCCAUUGGAGAGGAGUUCCUGCAGAUGGGGUGGAAAAACUCGUUAAGCAUCUCGGCUACCAGCCUGAUGAGUAUAAAAUGGGCAGGACAAAGAUAUUUAUACGAUAUGCUAGGACUCUUUUUGCCACUGAAGAUGCUUUUGAAAUCUGCAAACAUGAACUGGCUACACGAAUACAAGCCAAAUACAAAGGUUACAGAGCUAAAGGAGAGUUUAGAAAACAAAAAGAAGCUGCUACGAAAAUCGAGACCUGCUGGAGGGGGGUGCAGGCACGAAAGGAGAGAGACCGCAGAGCCUGGGCUGUCAAAGUUAUUAAAAAGUUUAUUAAGGGCUAUAUCACACGACGAGAGGCAAAAACUACAGACAACUCAGAAUACCUGGCUUUCGUCCGACAGAGCUACCUAAAUCGACUGAAAAAUAACUUACCAAAGACUGUAUUGGACAAGACCACAUGGCUGACUCCACCUCCAGUUAUGACAGAGACCUCAGAGAUUCUGCGUCAGCUGCAUACUCGUAUGAUGGUGAGGAAGUAUGUCCGGGGACUCACAGCUCAGAGAAAAGCACAGCUACAACAAAAAGUAGUAACCAGUGCCAUGUUUAAGGGAAAGAAAGACAGCUAUCCUCCGAGCAUCAGCGUACCUUUUGUGGACACCAGGAUCAGUGAGCAAGAUAUAAAUAUGAGGGUUCUUCAGACCAUACGACAAGAACGUAUAAAGUACAGUGUUCCUGUGGUGAAGUAUGACAGGAAUGGAUUUAAAUCCAGACAAAGACAGCUCAUCUUUACCCAGGCUGCUGUCUACAUGGUGGAGGAAGCUAAGAUCAAACAGAGAGUAGACUAUGUUUCUUUAAAAGGUGUAUCUGUCAGUAAUCUGGGUGACUCCAUUAUGAUUCUCCAUGUCGCUUGUAAUGAUCCAAAACAGAAGGGGGACCUGAUACUGGAGUGUGACCACCUCUUUGAAGCUUUAACCAAACUGGCUAUGGUUGCAAAAAAGCAAAACAACAUCAAGGUGGUUCAAGGAAGCAUAAAGUUUGAGAUCACUGCAGGCAAAGAGAACUGUGUAGACUUUAGCACUGGACAAGAGCCUAUGGUUUAUAAGGGCAAAAAUGGACAUCUGAUGGUGGUGGCUCCACGGAUCAAGUCUCGAUGAUGUAAACAGGUGAUUUAAAUGAUGUAUAUUUUAUGAGGGAAACCCUUUUGGAAGAGGAUCUCUUACUCCACGUCCCUCAAACCACUAAAAGCUCAAUAAGAGGCAAAGCACCGAAAUUACACCAAAUGACUGCAAUAUCGAUAAAAAAAUGCUUUUAUAAACAUUGCUUUACAUUCUUGUGAUGAUGUACAUUUUUACUCAAUUUAAUUUUCAUGAUGCAAACUACUUGCUACGAAUAAUUUUUUUUAAUAAUGCAUGCAAACCACAGAAAUAAAAGAAAGCAAUGCGUACUUUGCUCUACAAAAUUGUAGAAAUCUUUAUUUGCGAUAACAUGUGUAUAAAUAAUUUCUAUGUAAAACAUUUUUAUGUGCACAUCUGUACAAACUUCUCUACAGUAUUUCAGAUUUCAUUUUUUUAAUACAACUUCAAUAAAACUAGUGAGCACAAACAUCUGUGACACUACGCAAUGCAGUGGGAGGAGUUUGUUCUCCUGAUCUUUCUAAA